AUGAAACCCUCAAUCUAUGUGGGCUCCCCUUCUGGCCUGCUGCUGGUCCUGAUGUGCUGCCCCCUGCUGGGCUUGGUUCACUCUGCCAGCAGCAACAAGGCCAGCGAUAACGGACACCCACAUCUGGGAGACACUGAUCCGGAGCGCUGCAUGAGGCACCACUUUGUAGAGACCAUCACCCACCCGAUAUAUAAGUGCAACUCAAAGAUGGUGUUGCUGGCACGCUGCGAGGGCCACUGCAGCCAUACCACCCGCUCUGACCCCCUCAUCUCCUUCAGCUCGGUGCUCAAGCAGCCAUUCAAAAGUACCUGCUCCUGCUGCCGGCCCCACACCUCCAAGCUGAAGGCGGUGCGGCUGCGCUGCGCCGGCGGGACUCGCAUUACGGCCACUUACAGAUACAUCCUAGCCUGCAACUGUGAGGAGUGCAGCUGA